AUGUUUAAAGGCCCAGCUCACACACAUGGAGCCAUCAGAACAGUGCUGACAAAGGGAGUGGCUGGCAUCGGGAAAACAGUGCUCACUCAGAAGUUCAGUCUGGACUGGGCUCAAGUCAAACACGAGCAGAAACUCUGCAGCUUUGAAGACCUCCAGGUGCUCUUCAUCUUUGACGGUCUGGACGAGUGCAGACCUCCUCUGGACUUCACCAAAACCGAGGUCCCUGACCGACCCCACAGAGCCAAAGUCAAGAACAUCAAGUAUGAAGGAGGAUCUGAGACAGACCUACACUGGAGUCAAGAGACCAGGAAGAUGGUGAAGUCUCUGGGAAAACUGGCCUUUGAGCAGCUGCAGAAAGGAAACCUGAUCUUCAACGAGAGUGACCUGAGCGAGUGUGGGCUGGACGCUGCAGUGGCCUCAGUGAGUUUUCUGGCUGCUCUUCACGUCCAUCAGACCUUCAUCAACACUGGGAUCAACCUGCUGAACCCACCACAGUCCUCUGAGUGUCCUGACACUGAAGCCUUCUACUGCUCUGCUGUGGACCAGGCCUUACAGAGUCCAAACGGACACCUGGACCUGCUCCUCCGCUUCCUCCUGGGUCUUUCACUGUCGACCAAUCAGAGCCUUCUACAAGGUCUGCUGACACAGACAGGAAGUAGCUCCCAGACCAAUCAGAAAACAGCUGAGUACAUCAAGGAGAAGCUGAGUAAGGUGUCUGCAGAGAGGAGCAUCAACCUGCUCCACUGUCUGAAUGAACUGAAUGAUCGUUCUCUGGUGGAGCAGAUCCAACUUUACCUGAGCUUAGGACGUCUGUCUGAAGGUCGACUGUCUCCUGCUCAGUGGUCAGCUCUGGCCUUCAUCUUACUGUCAUCAGAAGAAGAUCUGGACCAGUUUGAGCUGAAUAAAUACUGUGCUUCAGAGGAGGGUCUACAGGGGCUGCUGCCAGUGGUCAAGGCCUCCACCAAAGCUCUACUGAGCGGCUGUAACCUGUCAAAGAGAAGCUGUGAAGCUCUGUCCUCAGUCCUCAGCUCCCAGUCCUCUAGUCUGAGAGUCCUGGACCUCAGUCUCAACCACUUGAAGGACUCAGGGCUGAAGAUGUUGUGUGUUGGACUGAAGAGUCGUCACUGUAAACUGGAACAGCUCAGUGAUGCUUGUUUUGAGUUUUUGGAUGCACUGGCUCCAUUAAGGCUAAAGUGCACGAAGCCCAUGGCACAGCUUUGGUUAAAUGAGAAAACACGUGAGGCUCGACGCUCAUGUAGACGCACUGAGAGGAAAUGGAAUAAAGAGCAUCUACAGGUCUCCCUGCAAAUGUCAAGAGACAGUUUGGUCAAAUAUCAGAACAGUUAA